AUGAUACAAAUCACGUGCUUGAGCGGUUACUUGAAACCGCAAGAUCAUUUUUACAUAAGUUUUUCAUUUAUUGCAUGUGGUACUUACUGGCAUUACGCUCAUGCACGUGUUUUAUCAUUUUUAGGUCAGAUUGACGAGGAAUUUGGACAAACUCUGAACACAGAAAAUGAGACGCGUAUAGAGAACGAUAGAAAACUCAAAGACGCGGAUGCUAUAAAGGCAAAGAAGAGAAAUGCCUGUAUUUUGCUCGAAAACACAAAAAUAUGUCCAUUUAGGUGGAUGAAGAAUUUGUAUUUAUGUUUUUACUGCGAUCAACAGUUCACUGACCCUGCUAUUUUAAGACAUCAUAAUGGAUUACAUCAUGAAGUCCACGGUUCUGCAAAAACUAAAGCGGCAUUAUCUAGACUUAAAAAACAUGAAUUAGUUAAAGUAGAUAUAUCGGAUCUAAGCUGCAGGCUAUGCAUGGCAGAUAUAAAUAGCUUUCCAGAGUUAAAACAACAUUUAGUAGAUAAACAUAAUAUAAAUAUAGAAAUAAAUUCCCAAGAUGGUGUACUACCAUUCAAAGUAACGAAAAAUAGUUUCCCUUGUGCAAUGUGUAAGGAUAAAUUUGAUGAAUUCAAAACUUUAAAUCAUCAUAUGAAUGUUCACUAUCAAAAUUUUAUAUGUGAGCAGUGUGGGACUGGAUUUAUAACUCCAGAUCGACUGCGUACUCACGCCUUCUCGCAUGAGACCGGGGCAUUUGCCUGUGAAAUCUGUGAUAAAGUAUUCAGAUCAAUGAAUGCAAAAAAUGAACAUUACGCUACGGUUCACAAGAAAGUUAAAAGGCACCGAUGUCCAUACUGCCCUGAAACGUUUCGCAAUUACUUUCAAAGGAACAAACAUAUAUCAACAGUCCAUGGGAUGAAAUUAAAAGAAUUUAAGUGUUCGCUAUGUCCAAAAGUGUUUACGUCCAGUGGAAAGAUAGGCGUUCAUGUACGGACGGUGCAUUUAAAAUUGAAGAGACAUGCUUGUGACGUGUGUGAAUGGAAGUUUUAUUCCAAAUCAGAGUUAAAGGAACACAUGAUAAGACACGGUGGAGAGAGAAAGUUUCAGUGUAAUAUUUGUAAAAAAUCUUAUGCUCGAAAAUACACCCUAAGGGAGCAUAUGAGAAUUCAUGAUAAUGAUAGGAGAUUUGUUUGUACAAUUUGCGGAGGCGCGGACUCUAUAGCAACAGAAAAACAGGUGCCAGCAAAAAGGAUUAUACCACUUUUUCAAGUGGCCUAUGAUCGGACGCUAUGUAAACCUUUGGGAACGGUGACAGCCUUUCGAAAAUUGCGUCUUAGAAGCAAAAUUAAAAUACCUUCACCUCCUCCUGCGUUGAGAGCUUUUACACCGUCUCGUAGUCCGUCGCCCGUAUCAUUAGGAAAAAGAAGCCCGAGUCCCGUCAAAAUUGUGAACCCUGUCAUAUCUAUAACAAAAAACACUAAUAAACAAGCAGAUUAUAGACAAAAUGCGUUGACAGUUUUUGAAUUCUCCACCGUGUAUCCUUUUAUCUAUGGUAAUAAUAAAUUUAAAUGUUUUGUUUGUGCUGAACCAUUUCUUGAAACUGUUCUCCUGAGACAGCACAUGACCGAGACUCAUACCUUCACUCCCUUAAAGAGACUUCUUAAUAAUCGGAGAGAAAACGUCCUAAAAGUUGAUGUUGGUGAAUUAAUGUGUAAGCUAUGCACAGUCAAGCCAAAAAGUUUACAAGAACUUAAAAUUCAUUUAAAGGAAAUUCACCAGAAACCCAUAGAUCCAAAUCUGCAAGAUAAUAUGAUUCCGUUUAAAUUAGAGGAAGAAGAGGGUUCCUAUAAAUGUGUGAUCUGCGAGCAAGUGUUUAUAAAAGUGAGAAUUCUUGUGAUUCAUAUGAGUGUUCAUUUCAAUAACUAUAGCUGUGAAAUUUGCGGAUCCGGCUUUAUGACACUACGUCUAUUGAAAAAGCACUUGGAAGUGCAUGAAACUGGCAAUUUUCCAUGUGAUAGAUGUAAUAAAGUAUUCAGCACGACACACAAAAGAUCUCUGCAUAUACGCGGUGUGCAUCUCAAACAGUAUCCACGAAGGUGUCCAAUUUGCCCUGAACGGUUUAAUUCAAAUUACAGAAGGACGAUACAUUUACAGGAUGUCCACAAUCAGUCAACAAGGGUUCAUAAAUGUGAGACUUGUGGUCGUGGGUUCAACCUGAAAUAUCACCUGAUAUGCCAUACCCGCUCAGUACACUUGCAAGAGAGGAACCAUCAGUGCAAAAUUUGCUUGCAGAGAUUUUGUAAUAAAGAGACUCUUAAACGGCACAUGGUUAUUCAUACUGGGGAGAAAAACCACAAAUGCGUCAUCAUAGAGACGGAAUCUUCGAUUAUAUUAAAAGAUGAUGAUGGCAGUGACAUUAAACUUAAAAUACUUAAAAAUCCUAUAAAUAUCGAAACUCUCAUAUGCGAGUAUGAAGAUGACUUAGAAAGAAAAAAUCAUGCAGGAAAUAGACUUUUAUGCGAAAAUAAUAAGAAACCUAUGAUAACUAAAGUAAACACUGUAGAACAAGAAAUCGCAUCGGUUUCCAUUUUAACUGAACCUUUAUCUCUAGAUAAAAUGAGUGUAAAUCAAAAAAUAACAGUAAGGACCAUUACAAAAAAUGCAAAAAUAGUCAAAAAACGCAAUUAUAAUCUAACUCAAAGAGACACUAUAAAUAUUCAGAAAUGGAAACAGAAUGCACUGACUUUAUUUGAAUUUUCCUACCUAUAUCCUUUUAUACAUGCAUCUAAUAAGUACAAGUGUUUUAUAUGCGCAAAAGUUUUUCUAGAUCCAGUUCUUCUAAAAGACCACACUACUGGAUGUCAUUGUAUAAAAGAUUUCGUUCAAGAGCUCAACAACAGAUCGCGGGAUAAAGAUAUAAAGGUUGAUGUUACUUAUUUGCAGUGCAAGAUCUGCGAAACAGUAUGUCCUAAUCUCUAUUCGUUGAAAGUUCACCUCAAAGAACAUGGAAAGCCAAUGGAUCCAGAGUUUCAAGAUAAUAUUAUUCCAUACAAAUUGGGGGGUGAAAAUUUUCAAUGUCAAAUCUGUGAUACCACUUUUCUUAAACUACGCUUAUUAAUAAUACACAUGAGCAAGCAUUUCAAUAAUUAUAGCUGCGAAACUUGUGGCGCUGGUUUCAUUUCGAUUCGACUUCUCAGGAGGCAUUUGCAAACGCACAAAGUAGGCAUCUACCCUUGCGAAAUAUGCCAAAAAGUGUUUUCCAAUUCAUCUAAGAAAAGUAUGCACAUAAGAGGAGUUCACUUAAAGCAGUUUCCAAGAACUUGUCCAAUUUGUCCUGAAAGAUUUAAAUCCAAUUAUCAAAGGACAAAGCAUUUGCGUGUUGUCCACAACCAGAGCUCAGGGCUAUUUAAAUGUGAAACAUGCGGGAGGGAGUAUGAUUUGAAGUGCCAAUUGCGAGCCCAUAUAAGAUCAGUUCACUUACAGGAGAGGAAUCAUGAGUGUGAAAUAUGCAAUACUAGAUUCUUCUCUAAGUAUUACUUGUCGAGACACAUGAUGAUACACACCGGAGAGAAAAACUUUAAAUGUGACAUUUGUGGAAAAUCCUACGCAAGGAGAAAGAAUUUAAAAGAACAUAAGAAAUCACAUGAAAUAGGACACAACUGUUCCGUGUGCGGUCGAGAAUUCAAUAAUCAUGUAUCGCUCGUAACACAUGUCAAUAACACUCACGGUGUGAUU